AUCACCAAACAGGAUCCGAGCUAUAACGACCUGCACACCACAAACAGACAGAGGUCAGAAAGAACUCCGGUGGGGGUCACCGGACGUUCACUCCGACGCUCAAGUAAGAUUUGAGGUAAAGGAAGAAGAAGAAGAGAAAAGAGAGUGCUUAGAGUAGAGAGAAAGAAAAUUACCUAGGGUUUGUCCUUAAACCCUCUAUUUAUAGUUAGGGUUUAAGGACAAACCUGCCUUGCUGGCAGGCUGUGAGCCCAGUGGUCCCAGAAAUCAGUUAUGCUGACGUGGUAGAAUAUCCCUGCGGGAGGCACGGGUUGUUAGGUGUGUCAGAGGGAACAUUCCUCACGUACCUGUCAGAAGAUCUUCUGUGGUCCCAGGAUCUGGUACACGAGUGAGCGUUCUUUGUACGGGACCUCGGAGCCCGGAUAACUUGGGGGUCAAGUUAUCAUGGUUCCCGUAGCUGGGAGUAGCUCAGAUCUCGGACUAGGUGGUCCAGUGUUUCGGGCUCAGGAGCUCGGAGCUCGGCUUAGGUCUAAGUCGAACACACUUCAGAGCUCGGGUAAGAUUCUUGGUCCGACCUUAUCAGGCAUGAUUGUCUCGGAUGAUGUUUGAAUUCCCAUCGAUCCGGUGACCCCCCAGGUCAUGCGUUCUAUGGUUUCAAGAAGGUCGGAAAUUGUUACCAGGUCGGUGAACUGCUUGACUUAGCGAUGUUCGUUCCUGGUGAGGUUGCUUCGCCCCUACAAGAUGUGCUACGUUAUCACUAGUCCCCCCCAGUGCGUCGGAUAUUUAUGUCCGAGAUGGUGGUUUUAUCCGGGUUGUUAGGUCACGUGAUUCUGGGCGUGCUUACUUUGUUUUUGGGUGAUCUCUGACACCGAGCCGCUUGUCAGGAAGAUGGGUGAGCUGAUAUGAUUAUGUGAAAGGACGUGACUGUCGAGAUGUCCUGUCUGACAGCUGUUGGAGCCGUUGUCCUUUGUGGCGAUUGCUUGUUGUCUACGCUGUGUCCACGUGUCUAGCAGUUAGGGCGUGAGCGCUUUCCAAGGAGACGUUUUGAGUGGGAUGAGAGAGAAAAAUUAAAAGCGUGGCUUUUCAUUUUCCCUCUCUUUUCAGUUAUAGGUUUUAUUUUUCAAACUUUACAAAACCUCUUGCCUUCUCUCUCGUUUCAUAUUCUUCGUUUUCUGCUGAAUCAUAAAACCAAAACUCUCUGUUUCUUUGCUUGCUUUGAGUUUCCCAGUUUUUAUCUUCCUUCGACGCAAGCGUUCGUUAGUUGCUGUUUGAAGGUGUGAUCUGGUGAUUUUUCAUUCAAAGUUCAUCCAAGCUUUCUGAGGUCUUUUACUCUGUAACAAGUAAGUAAUCUCAUCUUUUGAUGCUUUAAUUCUUCUGUUUUGUGCUGUUUGAUUUCCCUAAAAUGGAUGGAACUUGUUCGUGUUUGCCUUGUUAUAUGUAUUUUUGUACUGUGUUGUUGAUUUUUCGUACCUGUGUUCAUGUUUCUGGUUAGAGUUUGAAUUAAACCCUUUGUAUGCCUGUGUUGUUCUUGCGUUUUUACUGAGUCUUUGUGGUUCAUGGUUCAUUGUGUGACUUUUGUUGCGUUUGGCUUGGUUUCCAGAAAUUAGUUUAUCUUUGUAUGCCUGUGUCUCUGUUUCUGUUCUUCGUUUUGAGAAAUGAGUUUCCAGAAAUUCUGGAAAUUCAUUUCGGUGUUCUUCACGUUCUUAUGGUUUCACCCCUUAGGAAUUUAGCCUUUGAUCUGUAAUUUUGAUUUUUCUACGCGUAUGUCUAGUUUUUCCAUUUGGAACUCGUCUCAUCCGAGCUAGUUUCUGUGUCUUUUAGGUAUGUCGGGUGAAACCUUAGAUCGUGAAGAGGGGAUGGGGUAUGACGAUCAAGACAUGGGAACAGACGAACCGUCUACGGAGUUCGUAGUCGUCCGCCCUCUCCGAGGUAACACCCCGGAUGUAGGAGAGACAGAGACUUCCCGACCUCUACCAGUCGAGAAGGGAAAAAGGAAGAAAAAUGCUCCUGAGGUCGGCGAGAAGAAUGACGAUCGUGAUAUCAAAGCGUCACGAUGCACCCGGGGUUAUCUGAGAGCGGUCCGGGAAACAUUCGGUAUUCCUGUAGAAUACGAGCUCUCUCUGGUCCCGGACGGAAAAAGGUUGAACGAUGUUCCCCCGGCCAAUACCAUCAUGCUGACACUGGAGCACUUGCAGUCCGGGAUUCGGUUUCCCCUGCUCGAGCAUUACAAGGAAUUGAGCCGCUACUUCGAGGUGCCCUUGUCGCAGAUUCACCCCAAUGGGGUUCGACACUAUAGUUGCUUCUUGAAGCUCUGCGAGAAGACAGGGGUGGUGCCUAGCAUGAGGUUGUUCUGCUGCCUGUACCUCAUGUCCCUCAAAGACCGGAACCAUUUUGCAUACCUGCGGUUCCGAAGCGAAAGGAAGGCUGUUCCCGGAGGGUUGGUCUCUGGAGUGAUCGAUUCACUCCGAGAUUUUAAAGAAGAUUACUUUCAAAUUUCCCAUCCUUCGGCCUUUGAUGGGAUGGGUACCUCGUGGGUAACCAAGUGCUACAAGCCGGAGAAAUGGUUCCACAUCCCGGGACCUCUGGAGGAUAAUGACAUCGCGGCCCUUCGGGAUGAUGCCCCCCCGGGGAAAAAGGCUCAAGCUGAUGACUUGUGCCCGAAGCUUGCUUUUGACUAUUGGAAGAGUUCAGCGCCCGGUGAUGGGGGUUUGUGACUUGCUCUGUAGUCUUGUUUGCUUUUUUUUUUUUUUUUUUUUUUUUUUUUGUUUUUUGUUUUUUUUUUUUUUUUUUUUUUUUUUUUUUUUUUUUUUUACCUUGAAUUUUGUUACUUGUGUGAGUACUGACUUCGUUGUGUACAUUCUUGUUGCAGUGAACAGCCUAGAUCUGAGCAAGCUAGCCGGGAAGAAAAGAAAGAGGCCGGCGAGCCGAAAUGUAGCCCCGGCUCCUGCUCCGGUUCUCCGAGCUACCGAGGUGCCAAAGUCACCUGCUGCCAGGGCACCUGCUACUACGGGUGUUCCUGAAGAACCCCUGCGGGGUGCUGAUGCUGUCCCCCUCCGUGUUCGCUUACCGGAGGGGAUCGAGGUGCCGUUGGGUGCCGAACCGGUCGGGAACAUCCCGUUCGUGAACCUGGACUCCACCGAGACGGUGGAUGGCCCAGCUCGGGGCCCGACCAACCCCCAAGGGGCGACUACCGAGCCUGCCGGCCAAAGUUCCAGGGCUCCGCCGACCCGAGUGCCUGAUCUGCCGGACAUCUCGUCGGGGUCGAGCACUACAGCCCCGGGUCCUCAGACCAUCACUCGAGCCAGCUUUGCCGAGUGGGUCAGCAGGCAUAACGAUGGUCGACCAGCUACCCUGCAUGACCUGGUCAUUGCGGGUGACGUUGCUCGUGUGACCACUCUUCCUGCUGACCGGGAGCACUACAAGUCUCACAAGCCUGAGAAUUUGUGGGCUGUGGUUUCCUCCUUUUGCCUCCAGGCCUCGCAGAUGGCCUACAUGGCCGAUCAAAACCAGAGCAAGGUGGAGAUCGACCUGACACUGGCCAAGGACCUUCUUCUGACCGAGAAGAAAAAGGCCCGGGAAGCUGAGAGGCGGGCUUCCGAAGCAGAGAAGAAAGCCUCUGAGGGGGCUGCCCUCGUUGCCACCUUGGAAUCUCAACUGAAGAGUUCGGAAGACCGCCGAGCUGAGGACCUGGGUGUGCUAGAGAAGCUGCGAGCCGAGGUGACUCAGCUCGAGAGUGAGAAGGCUGCGGCCCGAGAUGAUUUUGCGAAGCAGCUGGCCGAUGUGACCAACCGAAACGAGCUUGCUUCGAAAGGGCUUCGGGCGACGGUGUCCGACCAGAAGAAGCAAAUUACGGAGGUCACCCAGCGGGCUGAGAAGGCGGAGGCCGAGGUGAAAGAAGUCACCGGUCGGGAAGAAAAAAUUUAUGACGACUUCCGCCGCAUUCUCUAUGUCAGCGAGGUCCAGGCGGGUGAGUAUAUCCGAGGUCGAUUCGGAGCCGAGCUGGAUGUUUCCGACUUCGUCCUGGACAUCGAGGAGUUGGGUCGGCGGGCCAAGGAGCUGCCUGAAGAUUAUGAUGUGCCUGCCGACAUCGAGGACUACCUUGCUGAUGAUCAGGGUCCGAGCUCCGACCCCCCUAGAUAGUUUUAACUUGGAUAGUUUUAUUUUGUAAAUUUUAAACAAUGUUUUCUUUUUGUAUUUUUGGAAUAUUGAGCCUCGAGCUCUCUUUUGUAAGUUUAAAUAUUUUCUUUUGUAUACACUUGUUUUUCUUGAAUGAACUUUCCUUCUGUAUGUGUA